AUGUUUAUACGAGAAAUUGUGGCCUCAAAAUCGUGGUUUGGCUUCGAUCUAGAUGACACGCUCCACGAAUUCAAACAAGCCUCGGCCCACGCCUCAACCCGUGUCUUCGAAACAAUUCAUGCCUCAAACAAGACCAGCGUUGAUAUCCUCAGAAGCACAUACCAGGAUAUUCUGCGCAGUGCAACCGCAAAUGCCUUCACAGAUGGUAGAACCUCAAGCGAGUAUCGGCGCGAACGAUUCGGGCGUCUUCUCCAAGCGCACGGGCUCAUUGAUGACUCCCUGCUGGGUCGUCUGUUAGAUGUAUAUCAAGAAACCUUACGCGAGAACUUGACUCUCAAGGCGGGUGCAUUGCAUCUUUUGCAGACUUUGCGAGGGCUAGGGAAGAAAGUCAUUGUCAUUACUGAGAGCCCGGCAGAUUCGCAGGAGUGGACGGUCCAGGUCCUCGGGAUACGGUCUUACGUCGAUGCCCUUGUGACGACGAACUAG